GCAGACAGACGGCCCAUUCCCCUGGAGCUCCCCGCACCCACACACCCUAACCCUAGCCGCCACACGCCGUCGCCGUCGUUCUCGUCCCCGCCCGCCCCCCCUCCCGCGCCGCGCCCAGCGGCUGCUCCCACGAGAUCACCCCCCUCCCGACCCCGACCCCACCGCCGUCCACUGCCGCGAGCUCACCGUCGCCCUCCCCCGAGUCCGCCGUCCCGGCUAUAAAUGGCAGGGAGACAGCGCAUAGGUCGCCAGUACUUUGAGGAACCACGAGGAUUUCGUGAUGGCCCUCCUCCUCAUCUUGCACGAGAAAGGUCUAUCUCACCAAGGCGCUUCGAGGGAGAGCUGUCUAGCCGCCGUGGUGAGCUCCGCAGAAUCCGUGAUGACAACCAACAUCUGGUGGAUGAAAUUGUUGGACUCAGGCAAGCAAUGUCCCGUUUGAAAGAAGAUCUCCAUUCCUCAAGUCAGGUUAUACCUAAGCUCCGUGCAGAGAAAGAACUUGAAUCGAGGGAGCUGACUCAGAGGAAUCUGAAGCUGGAAGCUGAGCUCCGCUCUUUAGAACCCCUUAGGCAGGAUGCCCUUCAGCUACGAUCUGAAGCAGGCUCGCUAGAGUCUUUGAGGCAAGAGCUCAACGCAAAGGUGCAGGGUCUGACAAAGGAGCUUGAGCAGCAGAGCUCUGAAAACCAGCGCAUACCUGCCAUGAUAGCUGAACGUGAUGAUCUGCGGCAGGAACUAAUUCGUGCUAGGGCGGCUCUUGAUUACGAGAAGAAUGCAAAGCCGGAGCUGAUGGCACAGGUGCAGGCAGUGGAGAAGGAUCUUGUGACUAUGGCUCAGGAGUCUGAGAAGCUUAGGGCUGAAAUUGAGAAGAGAAGGGCACCACCACCUAGGGUCAGCGGCUAUGGAUCUUACGGGCCACCUCCUGGGAUGGGCGUGCAAGGCAUGUACGACAGCGGCUAUAAUACCUACACAGACAGGCGCUACGGUACGGGUGCUGGACCAUGGGACCCCCCUAGCUACCCGCGUCCUUGAUUUGGGCUUUUGAUUAUUGUCAAUCGGCGCUCAUCGUCGUGACAAAGUUCCAAAUGUCUCUGGUACUGAUGCUUGUGGUGAUGGUGCCUUGUUCAGAAGACUGUAACCAUGAAUGCUUGUACUGAUCCUUGUGGUGCUGGUGCCUUGUUCAAAAGAUUGCAACCAUGGAUGCCCGUGGGCCAUCUUAGGAAGCAAUUCAUUGUACUUAACAGGAUGGGGAUCCUUUUGAUACUGUUGCUAAUCUUUUGAUUGGUAAACAUUAUUGCGUGCCAAAAGUGAGGGCUGCUGCAAGCCUGCAUUGCUGCUUUGUUCAUGCUGAAGGUGGUGGAUAAGGAUAACAGCAACCUAAUGUUUUUCAUUCACCUA